AUGCUCCCCAUGCUUGCUCCGCUCGCCGCCUUCCUCCUCGCCCUCCCUCAGACCCUCGCGCACCCGCUCUCGUCCUUGAAACGCAGCGACAACGGCGGUAACCUCCUAGCGCUGUGGAACGGCAACCCAGGGCCUGUGUACUAUAGCACAUCCUCCCACUCCUGCGACAAGAAGUCGCUUGCUGCCGUCGGCACUUCCUUUCCCCUCGUCCUCGACAUCGCCUCCUACCCUUACCCUUCCAACCUGACCAGUCAGACAGUUCUCCUCAACGUUGGCAGCUACAAGAAGAGUCCAGGGCAGGUCUUUGGCAUUGACUGGAAGGUGCCGCAGCUUGGCAACCAGCUGUUCGUGUUUCGCUUGAGCGACGCAUCAGGCCAGGUCGUCUACUCCGACCCGACAUACACUGCUUCGGGUAACAGUCAACCCAGCAGCACAGAUUCGGGGCAGUCCUGCCACUCCAAGGCCGUCGAUGUGGCCUUCUACACCAUCAUGGCGAUUCUGGGAUUCUGCUUCCUGCUGGCCUUGUGUGCCCCUUGCAUCAAGCAAAACCGUCUCGACCGCGUCGCCCGUAAACCAGCUGCACCCUCGCAGCCCGCUCAACCCGCUUCGCAACCCGCACCUCAGCCCGCCCCACCCGUCGCGACCUCGGACCAGGAGAGCGCCUACUGCGAAUCCUUCCGCACUACAACGAGCUUCUCGUCGACCGCACCGCUCACCCAGACGGAGGAGGGUCGCUCGUGGCGACUGUUUGGGCGGUGA